AAAGUUCAAUGUGAGAAAUUGCCGGCGGCGAUUGGGGCAAGCGGUUGCGGAGUCUUCUGCCCGCUUUGGACUACACUUCCCGACACGACGCGCGUGGCGUUGCCAGCUGCGGGCCGAGGGCGAGUUGACGCGGGAGCUCGGGACGUGAGGCAUGAGCGGCGCCCUCCCUCGGCCCGUGCGUGUCCUGCUCCCUACCCGCGCGAGGGUCGCGCGGCACGGGGCCUAGCGGCGGGCAUAGGCGUUCUCAGGGGCAGGUGCAGCUUCACGGGCGCCAGGGAGGGCAGCUGCCACCAUGGAGGUGAGCGGGCCGGAAGACGACCCCUUCCUGUCGCAGCUGCACCAGGUGCAGUGCCCAGUGUGCCAGCAGAUGAUGCCCGCCGCGCAUAUCAACUCGCACCUGGACCGCUGCCUCCUGCUGCACCCCGCGGGGCACGCGGAACCAGCGGCCGGGUCUCACCGCGCUGCGGAGCGGGCCAAGGGGCCCUCGCCACCCGGCGCCAAGAGACGUCGACUGUCGGAGAGCUCGGCGCUGAAGCAGCCUGCCACCCCGACGGCGGCCGAAAGCAGCGAAGGCGAGGGUGAGGAGGGCGACGACGGCGGCGAGACCGAGAGCCGUGAGAGCUACGACGCACCGCCCACACCCAGCGGUGCGCGCCUUAUCCCGGACUUCCCGGUUGCCCGCUCCAGCAGCCCGGCCAGAAAGGGUUUGGGGAAGAGGCCAGCGGCUGCAGCCGCGGCGGGCAGUGCAUCCCCGCGCAGCUGGGAUGAGGCGGAGGCGCAGGAAGAGGAGGAGGCGGGGGUGGACGGCGAUGGCGACGCGGACGUGGACGGUGAGGAUGAUCCCGGGCAAUGGGAUGCGGACGCCGCCGAUGCUUCGUUCGGAGUCAGCGCGGGCCGCGCGCAUCCCCGGGCGCUAGCGGCGGAGGAGAUCCGACAGAUGCUGGAGGGCAAGCCGCUGGCUGACAAGAUGCGUCCCGACACGCUGCAGGACUACAUCGGGCAGAGUAGGGCCAUAGGGCAGGAGACUCUGCUCCGCUCGCUACUGGAGACCAACGAGAUCCCUUCGCUCAUCCUGUGGGGCCCGCCAGGUUGCGGUAAGACCACCUUGGCUCACAUCAUAGCCAACAACAGCAAGAAGCACAGCAUAAGGUUUGUGACAUUAUCUGCAACAAAUGCCAAGACAAAUGAUGUACGAGAUGUCAUAAAGCAAGCUCAGAAUGAAAAGAGCUUUUUCAAAAGAAAAACCAUCCUUUUUAUUGAUGAGAUUCAUCGCUUCAAUAAAUCUCAGCAGGACACUUUCCUUCCUCACGUGGAAUGUGGGACGAUCACGCUGAUUGGUGCAACCACUGAGAAUCCUUCCUUCCAAGUCAAUGCCGCCCUUCUGAGCCGCUGUCGGGUAAUUGUUCUUGAGAAGCUUCCAGUAGAGGCAAUGGUGACGAUUUUAAUGAGAGCGAUCAACUCACUGGGAAUCCAUGUCCUAGACUCUAGCCGUCCUACUGACCCUCUGAGCCACAGCAGCAACUGCAGCUCUGAGCCCUCUGUCUUCAUAGAAGAUAAAGCAGUGGACACUUUGGCUUACCUCAGUGAUGGGGAUGCCCGGACUGGCUUGAAUGGACUACAACUGGCAGUGCUGGCCAGGUUAAGCUCUAGAAAGAUGUUCUGUAAGAAGAGCAGUCAAACCUAUUCUCCUAGUCGAGUUCUGAUCACUGAGAAUGAUGUAAAAGAAGGCCUGCAGCGGUCCCACAUUUUAUAUGACCGUGCAGGAGAAGAGCACUACAACUGCAUCUCUGCCCUACACAAGGCUAUGCGUGGCUCUGACCAGAAUGCUUCCCUGUAUUGGCUGGCCCGGAUGCUUGAGGGAGGGGAGGACCCACUCUAUGUGGCCAGGAGGCUGGUAAGGUUUGCCAGCGAGGACAUUGGUCUGGCAGAUCCAUCAGCGUUAGCACAAGCAGUUGCUGCCUACCAAGGCUGUCACUUUAUAGGCAUGCCCGAGUGUGAGGUGCUUCUGGCCCAGUGUGUGGUCUAUUUUGCCAGAGCCCCAAAGUCCAUUGAGGUGUACAGUGCCUAUAACAAUGUAAAAGCCUGUCUGCGGAAUCACCAGGGGCCCCUGCCUCCUGUACCCCUGCACCUGAGGAAUGCGCCCACCAGGCUGAUGAAGGAUUUGGGCUAUGGCAAAGGUUACAAGUACAACCCCAUGUACAGUGAGCCUGUGGACCAGGACUACCUGCCUGAGGAACUGAGAGGAGUCGAUUUCUUCAAGCAGAGGCGGUGUUGACUCUCCGGCCUUGAGUAGGAUGCUUGUAUCUUGAGGAAGGCCAAAAGUCACUGGAUCUUGGAGUUGGUUGCCUGGGGAAAGUUAAAAUAGACCAACAUUUCGUGCCAGAAGUUAAGGGUUCCAUAGAUGGAGGUGGUUACUUCAGCUAAAUGUGUACCAUUGAAAUUGUGUUCAUUUGCACCCUGUGCAAUGAUUAUGCUUAUGAAAAUACCUGGCAGCUUUGUGCAAUUAAUUAAUGUUAUAAGGAAUUAUCUAUUUUGUCAUAGUAUUUAAGUCAUAAUGUCAUUUCAAAAUUCUGUUCAGUAGGCUUUUUUUCUUUUAAAAAAUGUAUAUUCUGGGUAGUUACAAUUGGUACAAGAAAAUGUAAUUGUGAUUUAAUACUGCAUAGUGAUUUGGGUAUUUUUUUUAUAUGCAAAGGUCUUAUGAGCCAAUAAAACUAUUUCAAAGUA